AUGGAACAGCAUAGUCACUUGGAGGGUACAGAAUUUGUAGUCAUGUCGCAUGAACUUAUUAAAAUAAAAAAGGAAGUUGUAGAGGACGAAAUAGAGCUGCAAAAGAAUACAAAUAACGAAUACAAAAUUACAGAAGGUUCUGGCCAAGUGACUAUUAAAAAUGAGGAUGAUGUACAAAGCUUCACAAAUCAAAACGCAGACAUUUGUUCAAACAGCACAGCAAAUGACCUUGCUUCCACAAACAUUUGGAUAAAAUGUGAACCUAUUGAGGAAUUGAAGUUAGAAAACGAUUUGGACAUUGAGACCUGUGGAGGAACAGAAAUCACUGAGGAAUGCCUAAUUAAAAAUGAAGAUGAACACAUUGUAAAACGUCGUAGGGCAGGAAGAAGUCAGAAGCACAUUAUCUGUGUUCACUGUAAUAUGACAUUCACAAUAAAUAGAAGCUUAGAUGACCAUAUGAUCAGGAAACAUCCUGACUUGAUUGCUGAGGUGUCUAGUAAAAUACAUGCGUGUGCACAUUGUAAAUAUAAAACUACCAGGCGAGUACGCUUGCUUCAGCAUAUGCUAAAACACCCUGGGGCAGAAGGUGGCUAUAAGCUUAAGAAGUGUGUCCACUGUAAUGGGGAGUUCAGAUAUACAACAACUUUAGACAAUCAUAUAAUCCAGAAACAUCCUGAGCAUAUUAAAUUAGUGUCAAGUGUGGUGCUUGAAGAGUUCAUAAUUAGUUGA